AUGAAUGUCAUCAAGCUCCAGAGGAAGUAUCCUCAAUUCCAGCAAGGCGAUAUCUUUGCCCUGACCGACGCCUUCCGCAAACUCGAUGUCGACGACAAGGGAUACCUCGACGAAGCCACAGCAAUCAAGGCUACCCAGCAGAGCGAACGACAACCGUACGAUGUUGUGAGACAAGCCCUGAAGGAGGUUGAGCUCGACUCUUCCCGUAGAGUUGAGCUGGAGGACUAUGUGGGACUGGUCGCAAAACUUCGCGACUCUUCUCCGGCCCAAAAGCGCAUGAAUACCGGCGGCGGCGGCGCAGCACCUUCAGGAGGCGUUGUGUCUCAGAGAACAGGCGGACAUGCUUCCAAGGGCAGCGUUGGCAAGAUUCACGUCCAAGGUUCCAAUGCCAACACCACCCACACCAUCAACGAAGAUGAGCGCACCGAGUUUACCCGCCAUAUCAACGCUGUCUUGGCCGGCGACCCCGAUAUUGGAAGUAGGCUGCCGUUCCCGACGGACACCUUCGAGAUGUUCGACGAGUGCAAGGACGGCCUUGUGCUUGCCAAGCUCAUCAACGACAGCGUACCGGAUACCAUCGAUGAGCGUGUCAUGAACGUCCCUGGGAGGAAAGUCAAGAAGCUGAACGCUUUCCACAUGACGGAGAACAACAAUAUUGUCAUCGAAUCCGCCAAGGGUAUCGGCUGCUCCGUCGUCAACAUUGGCAGUGGAGAUAUAAUCGAGGUCCGUGAGCAUUUGAUUCUGGGCCUGAUCUGGCAGGUCAUUCGAAGAGGUCUCUUGGGCAAGAUUGACAUCAAACUACACCCCGAACUCUACCGGCUACUGGACGAAGAUGAGACACUAGAGCAAUUCCUACGUCUCCCUCCGGAGCAGAUUCUUCUGAGAUGGUUCAAUUACCACCUCAGGGCAGCUGGAUGGCAACGCAGGGUCCAAAACUUCUCAACCGAUGUCAAGGACGGAGAGAACUACGCAGUUCUGCUUGCGCAGAUCGGAAAAGACUAUGGCUGCACCCGAGCGCCGCUCCAGACCCGCGACUUGCUGCAACGAGCCGAGGAGGUUUUGGUUGACGCUGACAAGCUUAGCUGUCGAAAGUUCCUCACUCCCACUUCACUGGUCGCGGGAAACCCCAAACUCAACCUUGCCUUUGUUGCGAACCUGUUCAACACUCAUCCAUGCUUGGAACCGAUUACUGAGGAGGAAAAGCAAGAGGUGGAAGAUUUUGACGCCGAGGGAGAGCGAGAAGCCAGAGUGUUCACCUUGUGGCUCAACAGUCUUGAUGUGCAGCCCGCCGUGGUGUCCUUCUUCGACGAUCUUCGAGAUGGUACUAUUCUGCUGCAAGCCUACGACAAAGUCAUCAAGGGCUCGGUAAACUGGAGGCAUGUGAACAAGAGGCCCUCGCACGGCGGCGAGGUGAUGAGAUUCAAGGCCGUUGAGAACACCAACUACGUUGUCGAACUUGGCAAACAGAAUGGCUUCUCACUGGUCGGCAUACAAGGCGCUGAUAUUACCGAUGGGCAGAAGAUGUUGACACUUGGGCUCGUCUGGCAACUGAUGCGGAAGGAUAUUACUUUGACACUCUCUGCUCUGGCACAACGUCUCGGCAAGCGGGAGAUCACAGACUCCGAGAUGGUGAAAUGGGCGAACGAAAUGUCCAAGAAAGGAGGGCGGAACUCAGCAGUUCGCUCCUUCAAGGACCCUUCGAUCGCCAGCGGUAUCUUCUUCCUAGACGUGCUCAAUGGUAUGAAGAGCAGCUAUGUCGACUAUGACCUUGUCACCGCUGGACGGACUGACGACGAAGCAUACCUCAACGCCAAGCUCAGCAUCAGUAUCGCGAGAAAGAUGGGUGCAACGAUCUGGCUAGUCCCUGAAGAUAUCUGCCAGGUCCGCAGCAGACUAGUCACCACAUUCAUCGCUCACUACCUGACGUUCCGCAACCACUACGAAUACAUCGUGCUGUCGACCAUGGUCUACGAGCUGAUCGUCGGCGGCAUCUUCGUUAUGGUCAUGGUCAUGGUCUCGCAGACCUUCAUCUACUGUGACGGAACAGGAAUGCAGCACUGCUACCGCUACACUACAGAAAGCCGUGACAUCUACCCCGUCGUCAUGCGCACCGUCGUCAUGAAGGAGCUGGGCCCGUCCACGGCGCAGCGCUUUCGCGAGCUUCCGUGGUUGUUGAGUGAUCUGCUGUUUCCGUUUAUGAUGGAGUGUCUGGCGAGUGCUUGCUUGUGA